GCCCGGGCGGGAGUUUGCACCUCUCCCUGCCCGGGUACUCAAGCCACCGCUGCAGAACCAACUUUGGAAAAAGUUUUUUUGGGGAGACUUUGGCUUUGAGGUGCCCAGCUUUGCGCUUUCCGUCUUCAGGGGCCUUUCCAGAAAAUGUUGCAAAAAAGCUAAGCCAGCGGGCAGAGGAAAACGCCUUUAGCCGGCGAGUGAAGACGAACCAUCGACUGCCGUGUUCUUUUUCCUCUUGGAGGUUGGAGUCCCCUGGGCGCCCCCACACGGCUAGAAGCCUCGGCUGGUUCGCGACGCAGCCCUCCGGCCGUGGAUGCUCGCUCGGGCUCGGGAUCCGCCCAGCCCCCGCCCCCCACCCUGGCCGCGGGGGCGGCGCGCUCGGUCCACGCGUCCGGGGCCCCGCGGGGCCGGGCCCGGAGUCGGCAUGAAUCGCUGCUGGGCGCUCUUCCUGUCUCUCUGCUGCUACCUGCGUCUGGUCAGCGCCGAGGGAGACCCCAUCCCCGAGGAGCUCUACAAGAUGCUGAGUGGCCACCCCAUCCGUUCCUUCGAUGACCUCCAGCGCCUGCUGCACGGAGACUCCAUAGAUGAAGACGGGGCUGAAUUGGACCUGAACUUGACCCGGUCCCAUUCUGGAGGCGAGCUCGAGAGCUUAUCCCGUGGGAGAAGGAGCCUAGGUUCCCCGACGGUCGCCGCAGAGCCAGCCGUGAUCGCUGAGUGCAAGACGCGCACGGAGGUGUUUGAGAUCUCGCGGCGCCUCAUAGACCGCACCAAUGCUAACUUCCUGGUGUGGCCGCCCUGCGUGGAGGUGCAGCGCUGCUCUGGCUGCUGUAACAACCGCAACGUGCAGUGCCGCCCCACGCAGGUGCAGGAUCGGAAGGUGCAGGUGAAAAAGAUUGAGAUCGUGCGGAAGAAGAAGAUCUUUAAGAAGGCCACAGUGACCUUGGUGGACCACCUGGCUUGCAGGUGUGAGACGGUGAUGGCUCGAGCCGUGACCCGAACCCCGGGGAGUUCCCAGGAGCAGCGAGCCAGGACGCCCCAAACUCGGGUGACCAUUCGGACGGUGCGAGUCCGCCGGCCCCCCAAGGGGAAGCACCGGAAGUUCAAGCACACGCAUGACAAGACGGCGCUGAAGGAGACCCUCGGAGCCUAGGGGCAUCUGCAGGAGAAUGUGGGCAGGGUUAUUUAAUAUGGUAUUUGCUGUAUUGCCCCCAUGGGGUCCUUGGAGAGAUAAUAUUGUUCCCCUCGUCCGUCUGUCUCGAUGCCUGAUUCGGACGGCCAAUGGUGCUUCCCCCACCCCUCCACGCGUCUGUCCACCCUUCCACCAGGGGGUCUUCCCUCAGCGGCCUCCAGCGUCUUGCCAAGAAGCUCGAGAAGGAAACGAAGGACCUGGACUCCAUCGCUGUCUUCCUCUCCUGACCUGGCAAAAACGGGAUAGAAAUGCAAGAGAGACUGAUGGGGUCGCUGUUGGGAGAAAGGGGCUUCCUUCUCCAGUGCUGUGGAUUGGCCUGAAACCCUGCACAUGGGCUUGAGGAUCCCCAGACCCCCAGCCAGCUCUGAUGGGAGCACCCUCAGGCCGGCCAGGGUGCUCAUACUCCUGUGGCUGAGACUGCGUGGGGAGCAUAGACUGGAGAGAACCCCUCCUGCGGCGCCGAGGCCCGGUCGUCUCCCCUUGGUCACCUCUGCUCACAGUGGCUUCUUUUCAUUUAAUAUGUUUGAAUUAUUGGAAGGCGUGGACUCCUCUGGGCAGGUGUGGCAAGAGCACCAGGCAGUCAAGUGCCCUCUCGGACGGGUUAGGGAUGACGUUUGCUUCGAAGGUGGAUGUAGGUGGUGACCCGGGCAUCCACUGCCUCCUCCCACUCCCCACCCUAGUUCACUGUUUCCCAUUUCAUCUCUCUACCUCCAUCCUGUGUCUCCUCCCUUAUCUGCACCACCAAGGGGCUUUUGGACCCCUUAUUGAAGCCCCAGAUAACCCCAGUCACUGCUCUGUAGGACAGAAAACCAGGGGCCAGAGGGCAGCAGGGGGCCUGCCCAUUGUAUCCCAGCCCAGCCAAGACUGCCAUGUAAGGUUGUACAGGGUGUGCACUGCACAAGGGCACUGCAUGCGGGGCUCACAGUUCACACACACCAUAGACGUGGCCAAUUUGUGUAUUUAUUAUGACAAUUUUUUGGCAAAUGGAGGGAUUCUUUUCCUAAUUGACACGAAGGCUCCAUGUGGACUGGCUGUGUCUAUGACCCAGCCCACGAUUUGGAGUGGUCAGACAGGAGUAAGCCCUUGGUGAGGGGCAGGGAGGCAGCAUUUGUCCAUGUGGCCUCCAUUACCCCAAGUCCUCAGCUCAAGCAGUCUUCCCUUCAGGCAGGUGUGAAAAGCCCAAGAGAAUGUCUCCAAGGGAGGGGGCAACCCUGCUCCAUGCCCCUGCUCACGCCCCUCCUCUUAGAUCCUUUUGAGUUCCAGAUCUGGUGGCUCCUCCCAGGAAACCGGCUCUUGGGCUGGGAGUGGGGGAGAAAAGGGAAAAGAUUCCCAGGGCCCCCUAGGGGUGGGGUCUGACCUCCCACCUCCCUUUCCACCUUCUACUGCACUUUCCCCUCUUCCCCGCUGUCUCCCAAUCUGCUUCCUUCAGUUUGUAAAAUCAGUGGUUAUAUUUUUGGGGGCUUUCCUUUUAUUUUUUAAAUUUAAAAUUUAUUUAUAUUCUGUAUUUAA